GCUAUAACUGUACCUGACUUCACUGACCUAGCCGGUGUCCAAGAGCAACUUCAGUCCUCUGUGGAGGCUGUGGUUGUUGAUGUCACCCCAGAAACGCCCACCGAAACUGUUGACACCGGCAAAAAGGAUGUUGUCUUCCUUCUGGAUGGUUCUGAUGGCACACGGAAUGGCUUCCCUGCCAUGCGUGAUUUUGUGGAGAGAGUUGUUGAGAAACUUAAUGUGGGACCAAACAACGACCGUGUCUCUGUGGUGCAGUACAGCAGAGAUCCAGAGGUCAAUUUCUAUCUGAACACAUACACCACAAAAGAGGAUGUUGUGGAUUCGGUCAGAGGACUGAACCACAGAGGGGGCAGUCCCCUCAAUACCGGGGCAGCCCUCCGAUACGUUAGGGACAACGUCUUUACCAACUCCUCCGGGAGUAGGCGCCUGCAAGGUGUCCCACAAAUGUUGAUCCUGCUAAAUGGCGGAAAGUCUUUUGACAAUGUAGAUACCCCAGCCUCUGCUCUCAAACAGCAAGGCAUCUUUGUGAUUGGCAUUGGAACAAGGAACUCUGACAGAAGUGAGCUGCAGAAGAUAUCACAUGAGCCUAGUUAUGCUCUUUCGGUGCCUGAGUUCACUGACCUCCCCGGUGUCCAGGAACAGCUCUCCACUGUACUGAGUACAGUGCGAGUGAGGGGCACGCCCAUGACACCAACAGUAACUGCGGAGAGAAAGCCACCAGGAAAGGAUGUUGUGUUCUUGUUGGAUGGAUCUGAUGGUACUAGACGCGGCUUCCCAGCUAUGCGAGACUUUGUCCAAAAGGCAGUAGAGAAACUCAGUGUGGAUGACAAGAAAGACCGCGUCUCAGUGGUUCAGUACAGCAGAGAUCCAACUGUCCAGUUCUAUCUGAACACGUACACAACAAAAGGCGAUAUCCUUGACACUGUCAGAGGUUUGAGGCACAAAGGCGGAAGCCCCCUCAAGACUGGAGAAGCUCUCCAGUACUUGAGGGACAAUGUCUUCACGGCUUCUGCCGGAAGCAGGCGCCUGGAAGGAGUUCCGCAAGUCCUAAUAUUGUUAAGCGGUGGAAGGUCUUAUGACAGUGUUGAUGCCCCAGCCUCUGCUCUGAAACAGAUGGGCGUCCUGAUGUUUGCAGUUGGAACAAGGGGCUCUGAUUUGAGAGAACUGCAGAAGAUAUCCCACGAUUCCCGCAGUGCUAUAACUGUACCUGACUUCACUGACCUAGCCGGUGUCCAAGAGCAACUUCAGUCCUCUGUGGAGGCUGUGGUUGUUGAUGUCACCCCAGAAACGCCCACCGAAACUGUUGACACCGGCAAAAAGGAUGUUGUCUUCCUUCUGGAUGGUUCUGAUGGCACACGGAAUGGCUUCCCUGCCAUGCGUGAUUUUGUGGAGAGAGUUGUUGAGAAACUUAAUGUGGGACCAAACAACGACCGUGUCUCUGUGGUGCAGUACAGCAGAGAUCCAGAGGUCAAUUUCUAUCUGAACACAUACACCACAAAAGAGGAUGUUGUGGAUUCGGUCAGAGGACUGAACCACAGAGGGGGCAGUCCCCUCAAUACCGGGGCAGCCCUCCGAUACGUUAGGGACAACGUCUUUACCAACUCCUCCGGGAGUAGGCGCCUGCAAGGUGUCCCACAAAUGUUGAUCCUGCUAAAUGGCGGAAAGUCUUUUGACAAUGUAGAUACCCCAGCCUCUGCUCUCAAACAGCAAGGCAUCUUUGUGAUUGGCAUUGGAACAAGGAACUCUGACAGAAGUGAGCUGCAGAAGAUAUCACAUGAGCCUAGUUAUGCUCUUUCGGUGCCUGAGUUCACUGACCUCCCCGGUGUCCAGGAACAGCUCUCCACUGUACUGAGUACAGUGCGAGUGAGGGGCACGCCCAUGACACCAACAGUAACUGCGGAGAGAAAGCCACCAGGAAAGGAUGUUGUGUUCUUGUUGGAUGGAUCUGAUGGUACUAGACGCGGCUUCCCAGCUAUGCGAGACUUUGUCCAAAAGGCAGUAGAGAAACUCAGUGUGGAUGACAAGAAAGACCGCGUCUCAGUGGUUCAGUACAGCAGAGAUCCAACUGUCCAGUUCUAUCUGAACACGUACACAACAAAAGGCGAUAUCCUUGACACUGUCAGAGGUUUGAGGCACAAAGGCGGAAGCCCCCUCAAGACUGGAGAAGCUCUCCAGUACUUGAGGGACAAUGUCUUCACGGCUUCUGCCGGAAGCAGGCGCCUGGAAGGAGUUCCGCAAGUCCUAAUAUUGUUAAGCGGUGGAAGGUCUUAUGACAGUGUUGAUGCCCCAGCCUCUGCUCUGAAACAGAUGGGCGUCCUGAUGUUUGCAGUUGGAACCAGGGGCUCUGAUUUGAGAGAACUGCAGAAGAUAUCCCACGAUUCCCGCAGUGCUAUAACUGUACCUGACUUCACUGACCUAGCCGGUGUCCAAGAGCAACUUCAGUCCUCUGUGGAGGCUGUGGUUGUUGAUGUCACCCCAGAAACGCCCACCGAAACUGUUGACACCGGCAAAAAGGAUGUUGUCUUCCUUCUGGAUGGUUCUGAUGGCACACGGAAUGGCUUCCCUGCCAUGCGUGAUUUUGUGGAGAGAGUUGUUGAGAAACUUAAUGUGGGACCAAACAACGACCGUGUCUCUGUGGUGCAGUACAGCAGAGAUCCAGAGGUCAAUUUCUAUCUGAACACAUACACCACAAAAGAGGAUGUUGUGGAUUCGGUCAGAGGACUGAACCACAGAGGGGGCAGUCCCCUCAAUACCGGGGCAGCCCUCCGAUACGUUAGGGACAACGUCUUUACCAACUCCUCCGGGAGUAGGCGCCUGCAAGGUGUCCCACAAAUGUUGAUCCUGCUAAAUGGCGGAAAGUCUUUUGACAAUGUAGAUACCCCAGCCUCUGCUCUCAAACAGCAAGGCAUCUUUGUGAUUGGCAUUGGAACAAGGAACUCUGACAGAAGUGAGCUGCAGAAGAUAUCACAUGAGCCUAGUUAUGCUCUUUCGGUGCCUGAGUUCACUGACCUCCCCGGUGUCCAGGAACAGCUCUCCACUGUACUGAGUACAGUGCGAGUGAGGGGCACGCCCAUGACACCAACAGUAACUGCGGAGAGAAAGCCACCAGGAAAGGAUGUUGUGUUCUUGUUGGAUGGAUCUGAUGGUACUAGACGCGGCUUCCCAGCUAUGCGAGACUUUGUCCAAAAGGCAGUAGAGAAACUCAGUGUGGAUGACAAGAAAGACCGCGUCUCAGUGGUUCAGUACAGCAGAGAUCCAACUGUCCAGUUCUAUCUGAACACGUACACAACAAAAGGCGAUAUCCUUGACACUGUCAGAGGUUUGAGGCACAAAGGCGGAAGCCCCCUCAAGACUGGAGAAGCUCUCCAGUACUUGAGGGACAAUGUCUUCACGGCUUCUGCCGGAAGCAGGCGCCUGGAAGGAGUUCCGCAAGUCCUAAUAUUGUUAAGCGGUGGAAGGUCUUAUGACAGUGUUGAUGCCCCAGCCUCUGCUCUGAAACAGAUGGGCGUCCUGAUGUUUGCAGUUGGAACCAGGGGCUCUGAUUUGAGAGAACUGCAGAAGAUAUCCCACGAUUCCCGCAGUGCUAUAACUGUACCUGACUUCACUGACCUAGCCGGUGUCCAAGAGCAACUUCAGUCCUCUGUGGAGGCUGUGGUUGUUGAUGUCACCCCAGAAACGCCCACCGAAACUGUUGACACCGGCAAAAAGGAUGUUGUCUUCCUUCUGGAUGGUUCUGAUGGCACACGGAAUGGCUUCCCUGCCAUGCGUGAUUUUGUGGAGAGAGUUGUUGAGAAACUUAAUGUGGGACCAAACAACGACCGUGUCUCUGUGGUGCAGUACAGCAGAGAUCCAGAGGUCAAUUUCUAUCUGAACACAUACACCACAAAAGAGGAUGUUGUGGAUUCGGUCAGAGGACUGAACCACAGAGGGGGCAGUCCCCUCAAUACCGGGGCAGCCCUCCGAUACGUUAGGGACAACGUCUUUACCAACUCCUCCGGGAGUAGGCGCCUGCAAGGUGUCCCACAAAUGUUGAUCCUGCUAAAUGGCGGAAAGUCUUUUGACAAUGUAGAUACCCCAGCCUCUGCUCUCAAACAGCAAGGCAUCUUUGUGAUUGGCAUUGGAACAAGGAACUCUGACAGAAGUGAGCUGCAGAAGAUAUCACAUGAGCCUAGUUAUGCUCUUUCGGUGCCUGAGUUCACUGACCUCCCCGGUGUCCAGGAACAGCUCUCCACUGUACUGAGUACAGUGCGAGUGAGGGGCACGCCCAUGACACCAACAGUAACUGCGGAGAGAAAGCCACCAGGAAAGGAUGUUGUGUUCUUGUUGGAUGGAUCUGAUGGUACUAGACGCGGCUUCCCAGCUAUGCGAGACUUUGUCCAAAAGGCAGUAGAGAAACUCAGUGUGGAUGACAAGAAAGACCGCGUCUCAGUGGUUCAGUACAGCAGAGAUCCAACUGUCCAGUUCUAUCUGAACACGUACACAACAAAAGGCGAUAUCCUUGACACUGUCAGAGGUUUGAGGCACAAAGGCGGAAGCCCCCUCAAGACUGGAGAAGCUCUCCAGUACUUGAGGGACAAUGUCUUCACGGCUUCUGCCGGAAGCAGGCGCCUGGAAGGAGUUCCGCAAGUCCUAAUAUUGUUAAGCGGUGGAAGGUCUUAUGACAGUGUUGAUGCCCCAGCCUCUGCUCUGAAACAGAUGGGCGUCCUGAUGUUUGCAGUUGGAACCAGGGGCUCUGAUUUGAGAGAACUGCAGAAGAUAUCCCACGAUUCCCGCAGUGCUAUAACUGUACCUGACUUCACUGACCUAGCCGGUGUCCAAGAGCAACUUCAGUCCUCUGUGGAGGCUGUGGUUGUUGAUGUCACCCCAGAAACGCCCACCGAAACUGUUGACACCGGCAAAAAGGAUGUUGUCUUCCUUCUGGAUGGUUCUGAUGGCACACGGAAUGGCUUCCCUGCCAUGCGUGAUUUUGUGGAGAGAGUUGUUGAGAAACUUAAUGUGGGACCAAACAACGACCGUGUCUCUGUGGUGCAGUACAGCAGAGAUCCAGAGGUCAAUUUCUAUCUGAACACAUACACCACAAAAGAGGAUGUUGUGGAUUCGGUCAGAGGACUGAACCACAGAGGGGGCAGUCCCCUCAAUACCGGGGCAGCCCUCCGAUACGUUAGGGACAACGUCUUUACCAACUCCUCCGGGAGUAGGCGCCUGCAAGGUGUCCCACAAAUGUUGAUCCUGCUAAAUGGCGGAAAGUCUUUUGACAAUGUAGAUACCCCAGCCUCUGCUCUCAAACAGCAAGGCAUCUUUGUGAUUGGCAUUGGAACAAGGAACUCUGACAGAAGUGAGCUGCAGAAGAUAUCACAUGAGCCUAGUUAUGCUCUUUCGGUGCCUGAGUUCACUGACCUCCCCGGUGUCCAGGAACAGCUCUCCACUGUACUGAGUACAGUGCGAGUGAGGGGCACGCCCAUGACACCAACAGUAACUGCGGAGAGAAAGCCACCAGGAAAGGAUGUUGUGUUCUUGUUGGAUGGAUCUGAUGGUACUAGACGCGGCUUCCCAGCUAUGCGAGACUUUGUCCAAAAGGCAGUAGAGAAACUCAGUGUGGAUGACAAGAAAGACCGCGUCUCAGUGGUUCAGUACAGCAGAGAUCCAACUGUCCAGUUCUAUCUGAACACGUACACAACAAAAGGCGAUAUCCUUGACACUGUCAGAGGUUUGAGGCACAAAGGCGGAAGCCCCCUCAAGACUGGAGAAGCUCUCCAGUACUUGAGGGACAAUGUCUUCACGGCUUCUGCCGGAAGCAGGCGCCUGGAAGGAGUUCCGCAAGUCCUAAUAUUGUUAAGCGGUGGAAGGUCUUAUGACAGUGUUGAUGCCCCAGCCUCUGCUCUGAAACAGAUGGGCGUCCUGAUGUUUGCAGUUGGAACCAGGGGCUCUGAUUUGAGAGAACUGCAGAAGAUAUCCCACGAUUCCCGCAGUGCUAUAACUGUACCUGACUUCACUGACCUAGCCGGUGUCCAAGAGCAACUUCAGUCCUCUGUGGAGGCUGUGGUUGUUGAUGUCACCCCAGAAACGCCCACCGAAACUGUUGACACCGGCAAAAAGGAUGUUGUCUUCCUUCUGGAUGGUUCUGAUGGCACACGGAAUGGCUUCCCUGCCAUGCGUGAUUUUGUGGAGAGAGUUGUUGAGAAACUUAAUGUGGGACCAAACAACGACCGUGUCUCUGUGGUGCAGUACAGCAGAGAUCCAGAGGUCAAUUUCUAUCUGAACACAUACACCACAAAAGAGGAUGUUGUGGAUUCGGUCAGAGGACUGAACCACAGAGGGGGCAGUCCCCUCAAUACCGGGGCAGCCCUCCGAUACGUUAGGGACAACGUCUUUACCAACUCCUCCGGGAGUAGGCGCCUGCAAGGUGUCCCACAAAUGUUGAUCCUGCUAAAUGGCGGAAAGUCUUUUGACAAUGUAGAUACCCCAGCCUCUGCUCUCAAACAGCAAGGCAUCUUUGUGAUUGGCAUUGGAACAAGGAACUCUGACAGAAGUGAGCUGCAGAAGAUAUCACAUGAGCCUAGUUAUGCUCUUUCGGUGCCUGAGUUCACUGACCUCCCCGGUGUCCAGGAACAGCUCUCCACUGUACUGAGUACAGUGCGAGUGAGGGGCACGCCCAUGACACCAACAGUAACUGCGGAGAGAAAGCCACCAGGAAAGGAUGUUGUGUUCUUGUUGGAUGGAUCUGAUGGUACUAGACGCGGCUUCCCAGCUAUGCGAGACUUUGUCCAAAAGGCAGUAGAGAAACUCAGUGUGGAUGACAAGAAAGACCGCGUCUCAGUGGUUCAGUACAGCAGAGAUCCAACUGUCCAGUUCUAUCUGAACACGUACACAACAAAAGGCGAUAUCCUUGACACUGUCAGAGGUUUGAGGCACAAAGGCGGAAGCCCCCUCAAGACUGGAGAAGCUCUCCAGUACUUGAGGGACAAUGUCUUCACGGCUUCUGCCGGAAGCAGGCGCCUGGAAGGAGUUCCGCAAGUCCUAAUAUUGUUAAGCGGUGGAAGGUCUUAUGACAGUGUUGAUGCCCCAGCCUCUGCUCUGAAACAGAUGGGCGUCCUGAUGUUUGCAGUUGGAACCAGGGGCUCUGAUUUGAGAGAACUGCAGAAGAUAUCCCACGAUUCCCGCAGUGCUAUAACUGUACCUGACUUCACUGACCUAGCCGGUGUCCAAGAGCAACUUCAGUCCUCUGUGGAGGCUGUGGUUGUUGAUGUCACCCCAGAAACGCCCACCGAAACUGUUGACACCGGCAAAAAGGAUGUUGUCUUCCUUCUGGAUGGUUCUGAUGGCACACGGAAUGGCUUCCCUGCCAUGCGUGAUUUUGUGGAGAGAGUUGUUGAGAAACUUAAUGUGGGACCAAACAACGACCGUGUCUCUGUGGUGCAGUACAGCAGAGAUCCAGAGGUCAAUUUCUAUCUGAACACAUACACCACAAAAGAGGAUGUUGUGGAUUCGGUCAGAGGACUGAACCACAGAGGGGGCAGUCCCCUCAAUACCGGGGCAGCCCUCCGAUACGUUAGGGACAACGUCUUUACCAACUCCUCCGGGAGUAGGCGCCUGCAAGGUGUCCCACAAAUGUUGAUCCUGCUAAAUGGCGGAAAGUCUUUUGACAAUGUAGAUACCCCAGCCUCUGCUCUCAAACAGCAAGGCAUCUUUGUGAUUGGCAUUGGAACAAGGAACUCUGACAGAAGUGAGCUGCAGAAGAUAUCACAUGAGCCUAGUUAUGCUCUUUCGGUGCCUGAGUUCACUGACCUCCCCGGUGUCCAGGAACAGCUCUCCACUGUACUGAGUACAGUGCGAGUGAGGGGCACGCCCAUGACACCAACAGUAACUGCGGAGAGAAAGCCACCAGGAAAGGAUGUUGUGUUCUUGUUGGAUGGAUCUGAUGGUACUAGACGCGGCUUCCCAGCUAUGCGAGACUUUGUCCAAAAGGCAGUAGAGAAACUCAGUGUGGAUGACAAGAAAGACCGCGUCUCAGUGGUUCAGUACAGCAGAGAUCCAACUGUCCAGUUCUAUCUGAACACGUACACAACAAAAGGCGAUAUCCUUGACACUGUCAGAGGUUUGAGGCACAAAGGCGGAAGCCCCCUCAAGACUGGAGAAGCUCUCCAGUACUUGAGGGACAAUGUCUUCACGGCUUCUGCCGGAAGCAGGCGCCUGGAAGGAGUUCCGCAAGUCCUAAUAUUGUUAAGCGGUGGAAGGUCUUAUGACAGUGUUGAUGCCCCAGCCUCUGCUCUGAAACAGAUGGGCGUCCUGAUGUUUGCAGUUGGAACCAGGGGCUCUGAUUUGAGAGAACUGCAGAAGAUAUCCCACGAUUCCCGCAGUGCUAUAACUGUACCUGACUUCACUGACCUAGCCGGUGUCCAAGAGCAACUUCAGUCCUCUGUGGAGGCUGUGGUUGUUGAUGUCACCCCAGAAACGCCCACCGAAACUGUUGACACCGGCAAAAAGGAUGUUGUCUUCCUUCUGGAUGGUUCUGAUGGCACACGGAAUGGCUUCCCUGCCAUGCGUGAUUUUGUGGAGAGAGUUGUUGAGAAACUUAAUGUGGGACCAAACAACGACCGUGUCUCUGUGGUGCAGUACAGCAGAGAUCCAGAGGUCAAUUUCUAUCUGAACACAUACACCACAAAAGAGGAUGUUGUGGAUUCGGUCAGAGGACUGAACCACAGAGGGGGCAGUCCCCUCAAUACCGGGGCAGCCCUCCGAUACGUUAGGGACAACGUCUUUACCAACUCCUCCGGGAGUAGGCGCCUGCAAGGUGUCCCACAAAUGUUGAUCCUGCUAAAUGGCGGAAAGUCUUUUGACAAUGUAGAUACCCCAGCCUCUGCUCUCAAACAGCAAGGCAUCUUUGUGAUUGGCAUUGGAACAAGGAACUCUGACAGAAGUGAGCUGCAGAAGAUAUCACAUGAGCCUAGUUAUGCUCUUUCGGUGCCUGAGUUCACUGACCUCCCCGGUGUCCAGGAACAGCUCUCCACUGUACUGAGUACAGUGCGAGUGAGGGGCACGCCCAUGACACCAACAGUAACUGCGGAGAGAAAGCCACCAGGAAAGGAUGUUGUGUUCUUGUUGGAUGGAUCUGAUGGUACUAGACGCGGCUUCCCAGCUAUGCGAGACUUUGUCCAAAAGGCAGUAGAGAAACUCAGUGUGGAUGACAAGAAAGACCGCGUCUCAGUGGUUCAGUACAGCAGAGAUCCAACUGUCCAGUUCUAUCUGAACACGUACACAACAAAAGGCGAUAUCCUUGACACUGUCAGAGGUUUGAGGCACAAAGGCGGAAGCCCCCUCAAGACUGGAGAAGCUCUCCAGUACUUGAGGGACAAUGUCUUCACGGCUUCUGCCGGAAGCAGGCGCCUGGAAGGAGUUCCGCAAGUCCUAAUAUUGUUAAGCGGUGGAAGGUCUUAUGACAGUGUUGAUGCCCCAGCCUCUGCUCUGAAACAGAUGGGCGUCCUGAUGUUUGCAGUUGGAACCAGGGGCUCUGAUUUGAGAGAACUGCAGAAGAUAUCCCACGAUUCCCGCAGUGCUAUAACUGUACCUGACUUCACUGACCUAGCCGGUGUCCAAGAGCAACUUCAGUCCUCUGUGGAGGCUGUGGUUGUUGAUGUCACCCCAGAAACGCCCACCGAAACUGUUGACACCGGCAAAAAGGAUGUUGUCUUCCUUCUGGAUGGUUCUGAUGGCACACGGAAUGGCUUCCCUGCCAUGCGUGAUUUUGUGGAGAGAGUUGUUGAGAAACUUAAUGUGGGACCAAACAACGACCGUGUCUCUGUGGUGCAGUACAGCAGAGAUCCAGAGGUCAAUUUCUAUCUGAACACAUACACCACAAAAGAGGAUGUUGUGGAUUCGGUCAGAGGACUGAACCACAGAGGGGGCAGUCCCCUCAAUACCGGGGCAGCCCUCCGAUACGUUAGGGACAACGUCUUUACCAACUCCUCCGGGAGUAGGCGCCUGCAAGGUGUCCCACAAAUGUUGAUCCUGCUAAAUGGCGGAAAGUCUUUUGACAAUGUAGAUACCCCAGCCUCUGCUCUCAAACAGCAAGGCAUCUUUGUGAUUGGCAUUGGAACAAGGAACUCUGACAGAAGUGAGCUGCAGAAGAUAUCACAUGAGCCUAGUUAUGCUCUUUCGGUGCCUGAGUUCACUGACCUCCCCGGUGUCCAGGAACAGCUCUCCACUGUACUGAGUACAGUGCGAGUGAGGGGCACGCCCAUGACACCAACAGUAACUGCGGAGAGAAAGCCACCAGGAAAGGAUGUUGUGUUCUUGUUGGAUGGAUCUGAUGGUACUAGACGCGGCUUCCCAGCUAUGCGAGACUUUGUCCAAAAGGCAGUAGAGAAACUCAGUGUGGAUGACAAGAAAGACCGCGUCUCAGUGGUUCAGUACAGCAGAGAUCCAACUGUCCAGUUCUAUCUGAACACGUACACAACAAAAGGCGAUAUCCUUGACACUGUCAGAGGUUUGAGGCACAAAGGCGGAAGCCCCCUCAAGACUGGAGAAGCUCUCCAGUACUUGAGGGACAAUGUCUUCACGGCUUCUGCCGGAAGCAGGCGCCUGGAAGGAGUUCCGCAAGUCCUAAUAUUGUUAAGCGGUGGAAGGUCUUAUGACAGUGUUGAUGCCCCAGCCUCUGCUCUGAAACAGAUGGGCGUCCUGAUGUUUGCAGUUGGAACCAGGGGCUCUGAUUUGAGAGAACUGCAGAAGAUAUCCCACGAUUCCCGCAGUGCUAUAACUGUACCUGACUUCACUGACCUAGCCGGUGUCCAAGAGCAACUUCAGUCCUCUGUGGAGGCUGUGGUUGUUGAUGUCACCCCAGAAACGCCCACCGAAACUGUUGACACCGGCAAAAAGGAUGUUGUCUUCCUUCUGGAUGGUUCUGAUGGCACACGGAAUGGCUUCCCUGCCAUGCGUGAUUUUGUGGAGAGAGUUGUUGAGAAACUUAAUGUGGGACCAAACAACGACCGUGUCUCUGUGGUGCAGUACAGCAGAGAUCCAGAGGUCAAUUUCUAUCUGAACACAUACACCACAAAAGAGGAUGUUGUGGAUUCGGUCAGAGGACUGAACCACAGAGGGGGCAGUCCCCUCAAUACCGGGGCAGCCCUCCGAUACGUUAGGGACAACGUCUUUACCAACUCCUCCGGGAGUAGGCGCCUGCAAGGUGUCCCACAAAUGUUGAUCCUGCUAAAUGGCGGAAAGUCUUUUGACAAUGUAGAUACCCCAGCCUCUGCUCUCAAACAGCAAGGCAUCUUUGUGAUUGGCAUUGGAACAAGGAACUCUGACAGAAGUGAGCUGCAGAAGAUAUCACAUGAGCCUAGUUAUGCUCUUUCGGUGCCUGAGUUCACUGACCUCUCCGGUGUCCAGGAACAGCUCUCCACUGUACUGAGUACAGUGCGAGUGAGGGGCUCGCCCAUGACACCAACAGUAACUGCGGAGAGAAAGCCACCAGGAAAGGAUGUUGUGUUCUUGUUGGAUGGAUCUGAUGGUACUAGACGCGGCUUCCCAGCUAUGCGAGACUUUGUCCAAAAGGCAGUAGAGAAACUCAGUGUGGAUGACAAGAAAGACCGCGUCUCAGUGGUUCAGUACAGCAGAGAUCCAACUGUCCAGUUCUAUCUGAACACGUACACAACAAAAGGCGAUAUCCUUGACACUGUCAGAGGUUUGAGGCACAAAGGCGGAAGCCCCCUCAAGACUGGAGAAGCUCUCCAGUACUUGAGGGACAAUGUCUUCACGGCUUCUGCCGGAAGCAGGCGCCUGGAAGGAGUUCCGCAAGUCCUAAUAUUGUUAAGCGGUGGAAGGUCUUAUGACAGUGUUGAUGCCCCAGCCUCUGCUCUGAAACAGAUGGGCGUCCUGAUGUUUGCAGUUGGAACCAGGGGCUCUGAUUUGAGAGAACUGCAGAAGAUAUCCCACGAUUCCCGCAGUGCUAUAACUGUACCUGACUUCACUGACCUAGCCGGUGUCCAAGAGCAACUUCAGUCCUCUGUGGAGGCUGUGGUUGUUGAUGUCACCCCAGAAACGCCCACCGAAACUGUUGACACCGGCAAAAAGGAUGUUGUCUUCCUUCUGGAUGGUUCUGAUGGCACACGGAAUGGCUUCCCUGCCAUGCGUGAUUUUGUGGAGAGAGUUGUUGAGAAACUUAAUGUGGGACCAAACAACGACCGUGUCUCUGUGGUGCAGUACAGCAGAGAUCCAGAGGUCAAUUUCUAUCUGAACACAUACACCACAAAAGAGGAUGUUGUGGAUUCGGUCAGAGGACUGAACCACAGAGGGGGCAGUCCCCUCAAUACCGGGGCAGCCCUCCGAUACGUUAGGGACAACGUCUUUACCAACUCCUCCGGGAGUAGGCGCCUGCAAGGUGUCCCACAAAUGUUGAUCCUGCUAAAUGGCGGAAAGUCUUUUGACAAUGUAGAUACCCCAGCCUCUGCUCUCAAACAGCAAGGCAUCUUUGUGAUUGGCAUUGGAACAAGGAACUCUGACAGAAGUGAGCUGCAGAAGAUAUCACAUGAGCCUAGUUAUGCUCUUUCGGUGCCUGAGUUCACUGACCUCUCCGGUGUCCAGGAACAGCUCUCCACUGUACUGAGUACAGUGCGAGUGAGGGGCACGCCCAUGACACCAACAGUAACUGCGGAGAGAAAGCCACCAGGAAAGGAUGUUGUGUUCUUGUUGGAUGGAUCUGAUGGUACUAGACGCGGCUUCCCAGCUAUGCGAGACUUUGUCCAAAAGGCAGUAGAGAAACUCAGUGUGGAUGACAAGAAAGACCGCGUCUCAGUGGUUCAGUACAGCAGAGAUCCAACUGUCCAGUUCUAUCUGAACACGUACACAACAAAAGGCGAUAUCCUUGACACUGUCAGAGGUUUGAGGCACAAAGGCGGAAGCCCCCUCAAGACUGGAGAAGCUCUCCAGUACUUGAGGGACAAUGUCUUCACGGCUUCUGCCGGAAGCAGGCGCCUGGAAGGAGUUCCGCAAGUCCUAAUAUUGUUAAGCGGUGGAAGGUCUUAUGACAGUGUUGAUGCCCCAGCCUCUGCUCUGAAACAGAUGGGCGUCCUGAUGUUUGCAGUUGGAACCAGGGGCUCUGAUUUGAGAGAACUGCAGAAGAUAUCCCACGAUUCCCGCAGUGCUAUAACUGUACCUGACUUCACUGACCUAGCCGGUGUCCAAGAGCAACUUCAGUCCUCUGUGGAGGCUGUGGUUGUUGAUGUCACCCCAGAAACGCCCACCGAAACUGUUGACACCGGCAAAAAGGAUGUUGUCUUCCUUCUGGAUGGUUCUGAUGGCACACGGAAUGGCUUCCCUGCCAUGCGUGAUUUUGUGGAGAGAGUUGUUGAGAAACUUAAUGUGGGACCAAACAACGACCGUGUCUCUGUGGUGCAGUACAGCAGAGAUCCAGAGGUCAAUUUCUAUCUGAACACAUACACCACAAAAGAGGAUGUUGUGGAUUCGGUCAGAGGACUGAACCACAGAGGGGGCAGUCCCCUCAAUACCGGGGCAGCCCUCCGAUACGUUAGGGACAACGUCUUUACCAACUCCUCCGGGAGUAGGCGCCUGCAAGGUGUCCCACAAAUGUUGAUCCUGCUAAAUGGCGGAAAGUCUUUUGACAAUGUAGAUACCCCAGCCUCUGCUCUCAAACAGCAAGGCAUCUUUGUGAUUGGCAUUGGAACAAGGAACUCUGACAGAAGUGAGCUGCAGAAGAUAUCACAUGAGCCUAGUUAUGCUCUUUCGGUGCCUGAGUUCACUGACCUCCCCGGUGUCCAGGAACAGCUCUCCACUGUACUGAGUACAGUGCGAGUGAGGGGCACGCCCAUGACACCAACAGUAACUGCGGAGAGAAAGCCACCAGGAAAGGAUGUUGUGUUCUUGUUGGAUGGAUCUGAUGGUACUAGACGCGGCUUCCCAGCUAUGCGAGACUUUGUCCAAAAGGCAGUAGAGAAACUCAGUGUGGAUGACAAGAAAGACCGCGUCUCAGUGGUUCAGUACAGCAGAGAUCCAACUGUCCAGUUCUAUCUGAAGACGUACACAACAAAAGGCGAUAUCCUUGACACUGUCAGAGGUUUGAGGCACAAAGGCGGAAGCCCCCUCAAGACUGGAGAAGCUCUCCAGUACUUGAGGGACAAUGUCUUCACGGCUUCUGCCGGAAGCAGGCGCCUGGAAGGAGUUCCGCAAGUCCUAAUAUUGUUAAGCGGUGGAAGGUCUUAUGACAGUGUUGAUGCCCCAGCCUCUGCUCUGAAACAGAUGGGCGUCCUGAUGUUUGCAGUUGGAACCAGGGGCUCUGAUUUGAGAGAACUGCAGAAGAUAUCCCACGAUUCCCGCAGUGCUAUAACUGUACCUGACUUCACUGACCUAGCCGGUGUCCAAGAGCAACUUCAGUCCUCUGUGGAGGCUGUGGUUGUUGAUGUCACCCCAGAAACGCCCACCGAAACUGUUGACACCGGCAAAAAGGAUGUUGUCUUCCUUCUGGAUGGUUCUGAUGGCACACGGAAUGGCUUCCCUGCCAUGCGUGAUUUUGUGGAGAGAGUUGUUGAGAAACUUAAUGUGGGACCAAACAACGACCGUGUCUCUGUGGUGCAGUACAGCAGAGAUCCAGAGGUCAAUUUCUAUCUGAACACAUACACCACAAAAGAGGAUGUUGUGGAUUCGGUCAGAGGACUGAACCACAGAGGGGGCAGUCCCCUCAAUACCGGGGCAGCCCUCCGAUACGUUAGGGACAACGUCUUUACCAACUCCUCCGGGAGUAGGCGCCUGCAAGGUGUCCCACAAAUGUUGAUCCUGCUAAAUGGCGGAAAGUCUUUUGACAAUGUAGAUAUCCCAGCCUCUGCUCUCAAACAGCAAGGCAUCUUUGUGAUUGGCAUUGGAACAAGGAACUCUGACAGAAGUGAGCUGCAGAAGAUAUCACAUGAGCCUAGUUAUGCUCUUUCGGUGCCUGAGUUCACUGACCUCCCCGGUGUCCAGGAACAGCUCUCCACUGUACUGAGUACAGUGCGAGUGAGGGGCACGCCCAUGACACCAACAGUAACUGCGGAGAGAAAGCCACCAGGAAAGGAUGUUGUGUUCUUGUUGGAUGGAUCUGAUGGUACUAGACGCGGCUUCCCAGCUAUGCGAGACUUUGUCCAAAAGGCAGUAGAGAAACUCAGUGUGGAUGACAAGAAAGACCGCGUCUCAGUGGUUCAGUACAGCAGAGAUCCAACUGUCCAGUUCUAUCUGAAGACGUACACAACAAAAGGCGAUAUCCUUGACACUGUCAGAGGUUUGAGGCACAAAGGCGGAAGCCCCCUCAAGACUGGAGAAGCUCUCCAGUACUUGAGGGACAAUGUCUUCACGGCUUCUGCCGGAAGCAGGCGCCUGGAAGGAGUUCCGCAAGUCCUAAUAUUGUUAAGCGGUGGAAGGUCUUAUGACAGUGUUGAUGCCCCAGCCUCUGCUCUGAAACAGAUGGGCGUCCUGAUGUUUGCAGUUGGAACCAGGGGCUCUGAUUUGAGAGAACUGCAGAAGAUAUCCCACGAUUCCCGCAGUGCUAUAACUGUACCUGACUUCACUGACCUAGCCGGUGUCCAAGAGCAACUUCAGUCCUCUGUGGAGGCUGUGGUUGUUGAUGUCACCCCAGAAACGCCCACCGAAACUGUUGACACCGGCAAAAAGGAUGUUGUCUUCCUUGUGGAUGGUUCUGAUGGCACACGGAAUGGCUUCCCUGCCAUGCGUGAUUUUGUGGAGAGAGUUGUUGAGAAACUUAAUGUGGGACCAAACAACGACCGUGUCUCUGUGGUGCAGUACAGCAGAGAUCCAGAGGUCAAUUUCUAUCUGAACACAUACACCACAAAAGAGGAUGUUGUGGAUUCGGUCAGAGGACUGAACCACAGAGGGGGCAGUCCCCUCAAUACCGGGGCAGCCCUCCGAUACGUUAGGGACAACGUCUUUACCAACUCCUCCGGGAGUAGGCGCCUGCAAGGUGUCCCACAAAUGUUGAUCCUGCUAAAUGGCGGAAAGUCUUUUGACAAUGUAGAUACCCCAGCCUCUGCUCUCAAACAGCAAGGCAUCUUUGUGAUUGGCAUUGGAACAAGGAACUCUGACAGAAGUGAGCUGCAGAAGAUAUCACAUGAGCCUAGUUAUGCUCUUUCGGUGCCUGAGUUCACUGACCUCCCCGGUGUCCAGGAACAGCUCUCCACUGUACUGAGUACAGUGCGAGUGAGGGGCACGCCCAUGACACCAACAGUAACUGCGGAGAGAAAGCCACCAGGAAAGGAUGUUGUGUUCUUGUUGGAUGGAUCUGAUGGUACUAGACGCGGCUUCCCAGCUAUGCGAGACUUUGUCCAAAAGGCAGUAGAGAAACUCAGUGUGGAUGACAAGAAAGACCGCGUCUCAGUGGUUCAGUACAGCAGAGAUCCAACUGUCCAGUUCUAUCUGAACACGUACACAACAAAAGGCGAUAUCCUUGACACUGUCAGAGGUUUGAGGCACAAAGGCGGAAGCCCCCUCAAGACUGGAGAAGCUCUCCAGUACUUGAGGGACAAUGUCUUCACGGCUUCUGCCGGAAGCAGGCGCCUGGAAGGAGUUCCGCAAGUCCUAAUAUUGUUAAGCGGUGGAAGGUCUUAUGACAGUGUUGAUGCCCCAGCCUCUGCUCUGAAACAGAUGGGCGUCCUGAUGUUUGCAGUUGGAACCAGGGGCUCUGAUUUGAGAGAACUGCAGAAGAUAUCCCACGAUUCCCGCAGUGCUAUAACUGUACCUGACUUCACUGACCUAGCCGGUGUCCAAGAGCAACUUCAGUCCUCUGUGGAGGCUGUGGUUGUUGAUGUCACCCCAGAAACGCCCACCGAAACUGUUGACACCGGCAAAAAGGAUGUUGUCUUCCUUCUGGAUGGUUCUGAUGGCACACGGAAUGGCUUCCCUGCCAUGCGUGAUUUUGUGGAGAGAGUUGUUGAGAAACUUAAUGUGGGACCAAACAACGACCGUGUCUCUGUGGUGCAGUACAGCAGACAACCAGCUGUCCAGUUCUAUCUGAACACAUACACAACAAAAGGCGACAUCCUUGACACAGUCAGAGAUUUGAGGCACAAAGGUGGAAGCCCUCUCAACAUGGGAGAAGCUCUCCAGUACUUGAGGCUUAAUGUCUUUACAGUUUCUGCUGGAAGCAGGCACCUGGAAGGAGUUCCACAAGUCCUAAUAUUAUUAAGUGGUGAAAGGUCUUAUGACAGAGUUGAUGCACCAGCCUCUGCACUGAAACAGAUGGGUAUUAUUGCGAUCAGCAUUGGAACAAGGAACUCUGACAGAAGGGAGCUGCAGAAAAUAUCAUUUGAACCUAGUUAUGCUCUUUCAGUGUCUGAGUUCACUGACCUCCCCACUGUCCAGGAACAGCUCUCCACUUUAAUGAGCACAGUGCAAUUGAAGGCCACACCCUUGACACCAACAGUAAUUGCGGAGAGAAAGCCACCAGGAAAGGAUGUUGUGUUCUUGUUGGAUGGAUCUGAUGGUACUAGACGCGGCUUCCCAGCUAUGCGAGACUUUGUCCAAAAGGCAGUAGAGAAACUCAGUGUGGAUGACAAGAAAGACCGCGUCUCAGUGGUUCAGUACAGCAGAGAUCCAACUGUCCAGUUCUAUCUGAACACGUACACAACAAAAGGCGAUAUCCUUGACACUGUCAGAGGUUUGAGGCACAAAGGCGGAAGCCCUCUCAACACUGGAGAAGCUCUCCAGUACUUGAGGGACAAUGUCUUCACGGCUUCUGAUGGAAGCAGGCGCCUGGAAGGAGUUCCGCAAGUCCUAAUAUUGUUAAGUGGUGGAAGGUCUUAUGACAGUGUUGAUGCCCCAGCCUCUGCUCUGAAACAGAUGGGCGUCCUGAUGUUUGCAGUUGGAACCAGGGGCUCUGAUUUGAGAGAACUUCAGAAGAUAUCUUACGAUUCCCGCAGUGCUAUAACUGUACCUGACUUCACUGACCUAGCCGGUGUCCAAGAGCAACUUCAGUCCUCUGUGGAGGCUGUGGUUGUUGAUGUCACCCCAGAAACGCCCACCGAAACUGCUGAGCCACAGGGCCCCCGGAAGGACAUCGUUUUCCUGGUUGACGGAUCGGAUGGUGUUGGGCGGGAAUUCCCUAUCAUCCAGGAGUUUAUCCGCCGGAUUGUAGAGACUCUCAAUGUGGGCGAGAAUAAGAUCCGGAUUGGCGUGGUCCAGUAUGGUGACUAUGCUCAGGCUGACAUGUAUCUGAACACACAUACAACCAAAGAGGGGGUCCUGAAUGCCGUCAGGGGACUGAGGCAGCGUGGAGGAAGACAGCGUAACCUGGGUCAGGCCUUGCAGUUUGUCAGCCAGGAUAUUCUGACAGCAGCACGUGGCAGCAGGAAGCAAGAGGGAGUACCACAGUUUGUAAUUAGUGUCUCCAGUGGGCCUUCAACAGAUGACAUCCAUCGUGCAGCCUCUUCCCUCAAACAAUCAAGAGUUCUUCCAUUCAGCAUCGGGACCAGGGAUGUUAACCCUUCAGAGCUCCGGGUGGUGUCAUACGUGCCCAACUUUGCCUACACUGUAGAUGACCUCCCUGGCCUGUACACAGUCCAAGAAAACUUAAUCACCACUCUCACAGAGUUGUCAGAUGAGGACAUCGCCAGGAUGACACCUGUAUUCCCAGCACCUGAAGUAAUCACACCAGAACCCACAGAAGGAGAAAAGAGGGAUGUCGUAUUUCUAAUUGAUGGCACGACAGCAGUGCGUAGUGAGUUUCCCUCCAUCCGUGAAAUGAUAAGAAGAGUUGUGGACAAGCUGGAUGUAGGAAUGGACAAGGUCCGAGUUUCAGUGGUACAGUACAGUGAUGACCCCAAGUUAGAAUUCCUUCUGAAUGAAUUCUCCACUAAAGAAGAGGUACGUCAGGCCGUGCAGAGACUUCGAAGCAAAGGUGGGAACCGCCUGAACACUGGCCGUGCUCUUGAGUAUGUCUCCAGAACCAUCUACCAGAGAUCAGCGGGAAGCCGCAUUGAGGAGGCUGUGCCCCAGUUCCUCAUUGUAGUUACAGGUGGCAAGUCUUCUGAUGAUGUAUCCACUGCAGCUGACCAACUGAAGAGAAACCGGGUUGCUCCGCUUGCCAUUGGUUCAAGGAAUGCAGAUCCUGAUGAACUGAAACAGAUUUCCCUGAAACCUGAACUUGUAUAUACAGUUGACAGUUUCCAGCAGCUUCCAAGAGUGGAGUCGCAGCUCAUUAAUUCAGUCAAAACAAUAUCCAGCACCGAUAUCAGCAGUUAUGAACCUCCCACAGUGGACUUUGACACUCUAAGUCUUGGGAAAAAGGACAUUCUCUUCCUUAUUGAUGGCUCAGACAAUACAGGUCCUGCUGGCAUUGCUCAUAUCCGUGACUUCAUCCUCAACAUUGUCCAACAACUCGAGGUGCAGCCUGAUCAAGUCCGUGUGGGCGUUGUCCAGUAUGCAGACAAAGUUAAAACAGAGUUCUCACUCAACUCACACAACAACAAACCCGCUGUUAUAUCUGCUAUCAAAAGGCUUCGUCAGAUGGGUGGCCGGUCAUCAGAUCUGGCUGAUGCCAUUCAGUACGUUAUAGACAAUGAGUUAAAACCCUCCUCUGGCGUUCGUCCAUAUGAGGCCUCCCAGCAUCUUGUGGUCCUCACAGGUGGCCGUUCCCCUCAAGACGUUUCCCUCUAUGGACCUCUUCUGAAGGGUAACCGGGUCAAUUGCAUUGGUGUCGGAGCUGGUGGUGCUAACACAAAGCAGCUAACACAAAUUGCCACCAGCCCAGAUGAUGUCCUUCAGGUUCCUACAUUCCCUGGUCUGCCAGCAAUCAAGGAGAGGCUUAUUGCCAGGUUCAGUGGGACCAUCCCAGAGAUACCCACACCCCCAUACACAAACGGGGACUCUGGACUGCCUGCACCCAAAAAGGCUGAUAUAGUGUUUUUAGUGGAUGGCUCCAUUAACUUUGGCAGAAACAACUUCAACGAAGUAAUGAGUUUCAUCUCCAAUCUUAUCGAUCUGUUCUUCACUGAGAGAGACGACCUGCGGUUUGGCCUGGCACAUUAUACUGCAGAUGUGAAUGAUGUCUUCUACCUCAACACGUACAAGAACAGGGAAGAAAUUGUUGAUGCCAUUAGCCGAGCAGACUACAAAGGUGGAAAUAAAAUCAACACCGGUGCAGCCAUUCGCCACGUUCAGAAUGUUCACUUUACCAAAGAAAGAGGCAGUAGGGCGGAUGAAGGAACUCCUCAGAUCUUAAUGGUUAUCACCGGAGGACCCUCGGCCGAUGACAGCAAAUCUGCAGCCCUUGGUCUGAAGCAAAGGGGUGUGAGAGUCUUUGCUGUAGGAGUGGGUGACAUUCAGACUGAGUUAGAAAACCUGGCAAGUGAGUCCACUACUGUUGCUCGAGCAAGCACCAUUCAGGAACUUUCAGAACUCAACGAGCAAAUUCUGGAGACUUUGGAUGAUGAAGUCAAGGGAAAGCUGUGUACGGGUACAGCAGAUACUACUAAAAUCUGUAACAUGGAGGUGUUGGUGGGCUUUGAUGUUAAUGCCCAGAACAUCUUCAGUGCUCAGACCAACCUCCAGAGCAAGAUGGGGGCUAUUCUGCAGAGAAUCUCCAAAAUGGCAGCUAUCAGUUGCACAUCUGGGCAGAUUCCCACUGUCCAAGUGGGCAUGCUGGCCAUGGACUCUGCCUCCGAACCUGUCCAGCUGGAUUUCACAGACAAUGCUGAUGAGCUCUUUGAGGCCUUCAGAGCUCUGCGGACUCGUGGCCCCUUUGUCCUUAAUGGCAAGACCAUAUCAGCUUAUACCAAUAGGUUGAAAACCAGACAGGACAACGUUAUCAAGGUUGUCAUUCAUCUGACUGAUGGUGUUGAUGCCCCAUAUACUGAAAUGAAAAGGCGAGUUGAGGAACUUCGGAAGUCAGGAGUAAAGAGUUUCAUCCUGGUCGGACUGGAGCGGGUGCCCAAUUUUGAGGAGGCCCUACAACUGGAAUUUGGUCGUGGCUUCAGGUACACCAGACCCCUACGAGUCAAUAUCAUGGACCUGGACUAUGAGCUUAUGGAAGAACUGGACAAUAUUGCUGAGAGGGAGUGCUGUGGAGUGCCAUGCAAAUGUGUCGGCACCAGAGGAGACAGAGGAGCAGUUGGACUCCCAGGGUCUAAGGGUAGUCCAGGAUUUCCAGGAAGCCAAGGACAUCCUGGAGAUGAGGGCGGACCUGGAGAGAGAGGUCCUCCUGGUGUAAAUGGAACUCAGGGCUUCCAGGGAUGUCCAGGACAGAGAGGUGUCAAGGGUGGUCGUGGGUAUUCAGGAGAAAAGGGUGAAUUUGGAGAAAUUGGCCUCGAUGGAAUCAACGGAGAAGAGGGCAAAAGUGGAGUGGCUGGACCCCCAGGAGACAGAGGAAACCCUGGAAGAUCAGGUCCCAAAGGAGCCAAAGGACAAGCAGGAGACAAGGGUGAAAUGGGAAUCAGAGGAGACCCAGGUGCACCUGGAAAAUCUAACAACCGCCCAGGAAGUAAAGGAGACCCUGGUGAUGCUGGACCACCGGGAGAGCCUGGGGAUGAUGGAACGAUGGGAACACCUGGUGAACCUGGAAGAAGGGGAGCUGAUGGCAGAAGAGGCCCACCUGGACAGGCUGGAAAUCCCGGAAAGCCAGGAGCUGAUGGUGUUGCAGGAGAGCCUGGUGUCGGAGGAUCUAGAGGUCCACCUGGACCGAUUGGUGCACCAGGAGGCAGAGGAGAAGAUGGAAACCCUGGACCCAGAGGCCCCGGAGGACUCCCAGGUCCCGCUGGAGAGAAGGGCAGGAGAGGAGCUCUUGGUCGCAAGGGAGAGCCAGGAGAUCCGGGACCGAAGGGUGUUGUUGGACCUCUUGGUCCUCGUGGAGAGCCUGGUGAAGAUGGCAGAGAUGGCUUCGGCACUCAAGGGCCUGAUGGAAGAAAGGGUGAUGAAGGCUUCCCAGGAUUCCCAGGAUCGAAGGGAGCUGCUGGCGACCCUGGCCCUAAGGGCGGACCUGGACCCAGAGGAAAUCGUGGACAGAGGGGUAUCUCUGGGGAUGUUGGUACACCCGGACAGAAGGGAGAGGUUGGAUAUUCCGGGCCACAUGGUCAGAAAGGACCGAGAGGACCAGGCGUCGUGCAAUGUGACCUGGUCAAGAAAAUCAGGGACAACUGUCCUUGCUGUUUUGGUCAGCAGGAAUGUCCGCUCUACCCCACUGAGCUGGCCUUCGCCCUGGAUGUCUCUCAGGCCAACGGACGCCCAUCCUUCAACAACAUGCGUGACACAGUCCAGCGCCUCGUCAAAGACAUCACCAUCUCUGAGAGCAACUGUCCAAGAGGAGCUCGUGUUGCUCUGACCCUGUACAAUGAUGAAGUGACCACGGUGGUCCGGUUCGCUGAUUCAUUGAAGAAACGUGCUCUGCUGCAACAAAUCGAGGGACUGCAGACCCUGCAGACGAGGAAGGAGCGCAAGUUGGACAACGCCAUGAACUUUUUGGCCCAGAACACCUUCAAGAGAGUGCGCAGUGGUUUCCUCAUGAGGAAGGUGGCCAUCUUCUUCGUCGGUGCUGGGUCAGCCGGUCAGGCACAAGCACUUACUAAUGCAGCUCUUCGCCUCCAUGAUUCUGGCAUCGCCACUCUGUUCUUGGUCAAUCGCGAGGACAGAGCGCUCAGCAGAGCACUGCAGGUCAACAACACAGUCCUGGCCCAGGUUAUUGUCCUCCCCAGCCCUGGAAGUGCACAGUACGAUUCGGUCAUCCAGAAGGUUAUGAACUGCCAUGUCUGCCUGGACACCUGUUCUCCAGACCAAAUGUGUGACUAUGUGCCCCCAUCGAUCGGCCGAGACAGAAGAUCUUCCGCCACAGACGUUGACAUCGACAUGGCGUUCGUCAUGGACAGCUCAGAGUCGACCUACCCAGUAUUCUUUACAGAGAUUAAACGCUACAUAGCGCACAUAGUGGAGCAUCUACAGGUGUCUACAAACCCCACAUCAUCUGUUCAUCACGCCAGAGUGUCUGUGAUCCAGCAAGCACCUUACGGGUUCAUCAACAACAGAACCGGAUCUCCCAUCCAUGUGGAUAUCGGUUUGACCGACCAAAACUCAGGUCAGGAUGUUGUCAAAUUCCUGCUGGAGAAGACGCCACAGUUGGAGGGCGGCCGGGCACUGGCAGCAGCCAUCGAAUCCACAGUGGAGCAGGUGUUUGACAAGGCCCCUCUACAACGAGACAGGAAAGUCCUGGUGCUCUUCGUAACAGGAAGUGUGGUGGAAGAGGAGGCGCAGCUGAUGCGUAUUGCCACUGAUGUCAAGUGCAGAGGCUACUUCCUGGUCAUCCUGGGCGUGGGUGAGAAGUUGACUGCAGAGGAUGCUCGUGUCUUGUCACACAUGGCGAGCGAGCCUUCUGAUGUCUUCUUCAAGCGGCUUGACAGCAUCUCGCACUUCUACGACAAACACAUCCUGAACUUCGGCCAGCUGAUGCCAAAGUAUAUCAGCAUUGAAAGUGCCUUCUACAUGUCGCCUGAAGUCGCCAAAAACUGCUCGUGGUUCCAGAGCGACCAGCCACGAAAAAACCCCUUCACAUCAUCAUCGCAGCAACAGGAGAAACAUCAGAAACAACAUGAAAAUCACCAGGCAGUCCAUCAGAGAAAGCACAAAGAUGCAGAUGUGCUGCACGUCUCCAACGUCACCUCCAGCAGCUUGAAACUGCGUUGGAGCAGCCCGGACCCCAAGCUCUUCGUCUACUUCGAGGUCACGGUGACACGGUUGAGUGACCAUGCCCUGGUGCUGAAGACCAACGUCUCAGGAACCGAGCUUUCUGUGGACAACUUAGAGAGUUCUCAAACAUAUCUCGCCACGGUCACUGCUCACACUGCAGAGGGUCACGCCGUCUCCACCCGCAAAGGCAUCAUGACUACCAAAGCAGCAGAGGCGAAACCACCCAGCCAAGUCACCCGUACUGUAAACACCGCGCCACUGGACAAACCAGAAACUGUUAAUGAGCUUGCAGACCCAUGCUCACUUGACUAUGACCCUGGAAUGCCGUGCAAAGACUAUCAGGCUAAGUGGUUCUUUGACAGACAGAACGGGAUCUGUACACAGUUCUGGUAUGGAGGUUGUGGAGGCAAUGACAAUAGGUUCGACACUGAGGCCCUCUGCUUGAAAAACUGCAUGAGGUCAGAGCCGGAGCCUCAGCCAAACGUGCAGCAGACUGAGCAGGUGGAGAUCCUCCCGGCCCCUGCGGCCUCUACAGCCGUGGACAUCUGCCAGCUUCCCAAAGAGGAAGGUACGUGUGCCAAAUUUGUCCUGAAGUGGCACUUCGACGCCCCCAGCAAGAGCUGCACACGCUUCUGGUACGGAGGCUGCGGCGGAAACCAGAACCGCUUCGACACGCACGAGCAGUGUGUGAAGGCCUGUGGAAAACCAGUACAAAUCAACCAAGGCGUCAUCGCUGCAGUAAGAACAUAGGACCAAAGUGACGCACGGCCAGCUUUCGCCUCCGUUUAGGGGAUUCUGAGGAGAACCAUCCAAAAUGGCCGCACUGUCAGGAUGCAAUACCGAAGCAAUGGUGGCUGCACUGGAUUCCACAAACAUGGACUUUUAUCCCCAAAAUUCUUGAAGUAGUCUUUUUCACAACGAGAAGGAAGGCAACACGAUUUGCUGCAUGAUUUGUUUUAACCUACUGGUGCUACAUAGUAUGUUUGUUUUACAGAUGAGAUGUUAAAGUGCAUUCAGUCAAGUUUUCUGGAACAAUGACAUCAUACAAGUUUUUUUUUGUUAAAAUGCAGUUUUAUGAUUAAGCAAGAAGCAUAUAUGAAUAUCUUGGACAGAGAUAAAUUAGUACAUGCAGGACUGGCAUUAAUUGAUGCAGUACCAUUUUUUUUUGUAUUGUGUUUUUCUUUUGUUGUUUUUUUUUUUUUACAUUCCACAUUCACAUAGCAACAGCGGCUUCUAUUGAUUUAUAUUGUUUUUAAGCUCACUUGAUCCCUGUGGAAUCAUUCCUUCACUAUGCUACAGUCACACAGUCCACACUAAUGUUUACACAAGUCUUGUACGGCGGUGUGUGUGUGUGUAUUUUGACCAACUGCUCGGAUGCUAAAUCAUUGACGUAACGUUAAGUGCACUUCAGGAUCCGCUGCCUCAGACACACACACUCACGUUCCAGCCAUCGAGAAGAGGAAUGUACUUGUCAAGCUGUUUUUUUUUUUUUUUGUUUGUUUUUUAAUUUUUUGUUUCAUUUGGUUUUGCUGACAUUUGUGUUUCAUCUGGGUAUAGGGGAAAUAAAAAUGAAUUAGACUUUCUAAUAAACAUGA